AUGCGCCACAAGCAAUCACAGCCACACCAAAAAAGUACCUCUAAAUGAAUCACCCGUUAUAAAUAAAUAUGCUUUCUCUAUCACUACUCAUCUUAUUUUCAGCAAAACUGGAUGGCGUGAAGACAUACAUGCGCAUGCGGCGAGUACCAAACCAUCUACAGGUGAAAGUGAUCAAAUGGUUUGACUACCUGUGGCUGACGCAAAAAUGCUCGGAUGAAGAGAAGGCAGUGUCGUGUCUGCCGGACAAGCUGAAAGCAGAGAUAGCCAUAAAUGUACAUUUGGAUACACUGAAGAGGGUCGAGAUCUUUCAAAACACGGAAGCGGGCUUCUUGUGUGAAUUGGUGCUUAGGUUGAGGCCGGUGCUGUUUUCUCCUGGGGAUUACAUCUGUCGCAAGGGUGAAGUGGGCAAGGAAAUGUAUAUAGUAAAUCGGGGUAGACUCCAGGUAGUGGCCGACAAUGGUCGUACGGUGCUAGCCACCUUAAAAGCAGGCAGUUACUUCGGUGAGAUAUCCAUCCUGAAUAUGGGGACGGCAGGUAAACACCUUGGUAACCGUCGAACAGCCAGCGUUCGGUCAGUGGGCUACAGCGACUUGUUUGUGUUAAGCAAAAAGGACAUGUGGGACGUACUGAAAGAGUACCCGGCAGCGAGGGUCAGACUGGAGGCGAUUGCCGUGAAGAGGUUGGAGAAAUACAAACGGGCACCGCUUGAGAAAGCUGCAAUGGGUCGCAGCCAAUCAACGCCAGGCCUGGUGGAAUCGCGAGGUCGCAUCGCCUUGGAGGACAUGUGGGUACCUCCUUACCCUCCAGUUAUCCUCAUGCAGCCUCAAUCGUUCCAAUCGCAGUCGUUGCAGCCUCUACCUCCUCAACCGACACAGGGACCACCUCCUCCUUCGGCAGCUGUCACUCCUGACAGCCCAGGCGCUGCUUCUACCAGCAGCGGGAGGAGCCAUCAGCACCACUUGCAGGAGAACAGAUCUGGUACAAUGCUCCAGUGUGAUAGUAUGACUCAAUUAAUGUCUGGAGUAACUACACCCAUUUUAGGAUCACAUGAUGUCUUGGAAUCCGAAAUUAAGAGAUUACGGGAACGCCUGCACACCGUCGAAGCCGAGAACGCUGCGAUGUCCGUCAAACUGCACCAACAGCAAUGGGAGCUCGAACAUCGCUUGGCCGAAAUCGAACUCCAAAUCUGCCGCAGCGGCGCCACCAGCCAAGCGGGAGGCAUCGACGGCCGAUCGCACUCCUCCUCGAGCGUGGCGGGGGAGGAAGACGAGGACAUCCUCAACGAAGAGGAGCAAGAGGAUGACGAGAGGAACAGAGAGAGUAUCAUUUAACGACGAGUACAGCUGCCUCCGGCGCCAGGGUGCCAGCAGCAAGCGGGCACCACGAUCGUCUACGUGCGAUGCAUUGUCUGAGGGGCCGGUUACACCAGGCGAUACUGUCGCAAGGUUAUUUUACGAGAAUCAGGUAUUUGAAAUCUGAAUCCCACCUCUGGGAUCACAAUCAUUAAAGAUCUUCUUUCGCGGUUUCUCAAGUAAUUUACUGUAAUUUUUUAUUGCCCACAUUGUCUUCAAAUUACAAACGAAGUUCAAUAAACGCUAUGAAAAAGAAAUAUAGGGAUCUUCUGAUGAAGAACCACAAACUUUUCGAUGACAUACCUAACUAAUUUUUCGAAACGAUGAGGCGUCACAAAAAUAAUAGUCAAUCAAGCAAAUCGCCUUCAUUAUAUAGCGUCUUUUCAAAGUUGAGUCAUCAUUGAGUUGAGUUCAUUGAGUCAAAACAAAGACAAUCUUUAAAAUAGCCGGGUAUUGCAUUAAUCUAUUUUGAGGUUAAUAUGCUGGUGCUGCGAC